GAGGAGGAAGGAUGACUAGAGGAUAUGGUGAUCGCAGGCACCCAUCAGCGGCCUGCGCAUCACCAUCGUAAUGUAAUCACAACAACUAUACAGGCACCAGUAACAUCAGCGGCUGCAGUAGCUGCCGCCGCUGCUGCAGCCAACCACCAUCAACAUCAACAACUGCAUCAACAACACCAACAACAACAACACCAGCAGCAGCAUAACCACUCCAACACUCCAAAUAAUGGCAACACGAUAAUAGCAACAGCCGCUGCUCCGUCCAAUGCAAUCGAACAUUUUAACGUUACAUCUAUUGGGGAAUUGUCAAACGUUCAAUUGAGCAGUAUCAAUGCGCAACUAGUGGGUGGCACUGUCACCGCCGAUGGCAAUCUAGUAACCAUGGGAGGUGUUGUCAUCGGACGCAUACAUCCGGCAUCUCUGCAAAGCAAUGGGCAUACACUACAACCGCAAUUACGCACUACAGCACAGCCGGCUACUCGAGAGGAGCUACAGCAGUUGGGCGUGAUUAAGGUAGAGUCGCCAGCCGCUGAGUUUCAGAAUGAAGGAUGAGUCGAGUACGAGUUACUGCUUGAGUACAUGCUCAAGGAGGACGAGGAGGACUACGCAGCCGCUUGCAAUGAGAAUAAAGUAAAUGCUUGCAGUGACAUAUUAAAAGAUGGAUUAAAGACGAAUGAAAUUUGUAGUGACAGGGCUGCCAGUGGUGAAAGUGCUGGUAAAGGCACGCUUACAAGUGCGUGUGACGCUGAUAAACAAAAUUAGAGCGAGUUUCUUUAUCUUGCAGUUGUAGUUGUUGUUGCUAUUGUUGCUAGUUAUUUAAAAAGAUAUACAAAAGUAAAGAAAAGCUAACUAAAUAAAUAUCAUAUUCACUUGAAUACAUUUGCUAUCAAACAUCAUCGUCGUCAUCAUACUGAAAAUGUAAAACUGACAUCCUUGAAAUCCCAAUUACCAGACAAAAACUAAAAUCAUUACACUGGAUUAAAUACACAUGAAAUAGCUUGGGAUUGCGGAUGCUUUUUGAAACGUAAAUAUUUAAAAACAAAAUUAACGAAUCAAUUAGAAAUACUAAAAAAUAUGAAAAUCAAAGAAAAAUCAACCUCUGUAGUAGUUAAGUCUGAAAGUAGCAACAAACAUGAUAAGAAAGCAGAAUAGAAACAAAAAAGUUAAAUCUAAAAUUUAAUUUUAAUAAUAAUAGGGGAAACUUAUUUUACGGGGGUUAGUAAAAAGAUCAAGCACAACAAAUGCUUAAAAAUAAUUUGCCGUGCUUUUUGAGCAAAGAUGUGUUAUGAAGUUUGUUAGAAAUUCUAAACGAUGAGAUAUAACAUUGAGUUCAUGUUAAAUAAGCUUUCAUAGGGAAAUACCAGGUUGUUUGAUCCACUUUAGUGUAGUAUAACUUCGCGAUAAACAAAUUGUUUCUAAAGUAUAGCAUUAAAUUUCUGAAAAUAUUGUCAUGGUUUGCGUCCUUCUGCUCUUACAAAUCAACUCUGAAUUCAUAACAAAAUUCAUAGCAUAUUGACAACUCAAAAAUCUGGUAGAAUAAUUGUAAUUUAAAUUUACUAGGAAGGCUUACUUUGUAUUUUAGUUUAAUAACACAGCAAAUGAGACUUGUUUGUACUUGAAGCUAAAAACUACUUUAGAAUAAAAAUGCCUAAAAGAAGUCAAAGUGGAGGAAAUUUCUGUAUAAGAUGAAAUUGCUUUUUGUUAACCUUUUUUGGCAUAAACAACAAAAUUAUGGUGAAUAUUUGUUUGAAUUGUAUGAAACAUAACCUUCUUAAGGCAAAUUUUAAUUUAUUACUAAGUUUAGACUAAAGUUUUUGAAUUUUUGUAGAUAUAAAAGUUACUAGUAUUUCCACAAUUUUGUUGGCUUAUGAAAUUAUUUUAAAUUAUUUCAUAUAUGCCAGCGUGUGUGUAUAUGCGCAAUGGAGAUGUGAAAAUUAUUUGAAAAUAAUAGAAAUUUAAAUGAAACUAAAAAAACGUUUAUUCUAUUUUAUAGCAAUUUCAUGUUACUCCAAAAAAACUGAUAUAAAACUACUAAAAGAAUGGUGAAACAAAACAGAUGUAUAUACAAAUGCAGUAAAAUACGUUUUAAAAAUGUUUAAGAAUUUCGUUGCAACUUGUUAUUAGUCAACAUCUAAAUCUGUUAUGAUUUACCUUCCCGCAAUUUUUGUAAAUUUUAUUCUCUUGAAUGGGAUAUGGGAAAUUUAAGUGGUUCAUACGAAAUUAGUAGUUUUCGGAAAAUUCUUAGUUUGUUUGUAUUUCACUAAAUCGGAGUAUAAUAUAUGCACAAAAGUGUAUACAAAACUGGUACGUUUAAAACAAGUGCAGAUAUUUGGGAUCAUCACCUUUGGGCCUGUAAAAUAAAUUAGAUAUUGAGUGGCAUAGAAAGCUUAAAACUUUUAAAAAGUUAUUGCGCAUGUGCCACACUUCAACGUCGUCGUAGAUACAUGCAUACAUACAUAUGUAUAAACAUAUAUGCUAGUAGGUGAAUUGUCUGUCGCGCCAUACAGACAUAUAAGUCAUUUAUUGUGAGUGUGCAUCGCCUAACACAACAAUCGAUUAAGAAGAUAAUACAUAUAUGUAUAUGAUGAAACAGCUUAUCAAAAACAUGUAAAUGUAAAGGUACAUUUAUGAAUUUGAUUAAAUACCAUGUACAUCAUAUUAACAAACAUCAAAGUGUGUAAAGAAAAAUGUUGUAAACGCAUAAUUAAAUAAUUAAGAAAGCAAGAGGUAAAACUUUAGUGGUAUUUGUAAGUUUUGUUAUACGAGUAUUUUAGGUGGACGCCAAGUAGGCAGCGUGGAGAGUUAUACAUACGUCGUAUGAAGGGCUGCGAAGUGUCAAGGUAUGAUCGCGAAUAGAUAUAGAAGAGGAAAGACUCGUAAUUUCGAUUAGCCGAAGCUUGAAAUUACGGUUAGUCGUCAUCUCAUUUGACGUUGUGAUUGUCAAAGGGAUGGACACAACUGAAAACUGAAACUGAUAAUAAUAAAUUCUAAUAAUAUUAUUAAUUAAAAAACUAGCACUGCGAUGCCUAAACGUUUUCCUUUUAUUUUGUAAAAAAUCGUAAAAGUUACUUUAGACAAUUGCUUACUUGUAAACAUUAUUACACAUACAAUUUAAGUACGAAGACAUGUAUAUGUUAAUACUUUCCGAUUGUAAACAAUACAACUUUUGAGACUAUAAAAACUCACGAGAAUACACAAAGAUUA